ACCAGUGAACAGCAGUUAUCGAAACUGGCCGAAAGCAAAAAUCAAGCUGGCCACCAUGGUGACAACGGCCACAGCAACAACAACAACAACAACAGCAGGAGCAGGAGCAACAACAACUACAAACAAUAACAACCUCCAGGCGAAUAACAACAGUCAUGCCGGCGGCGGGGGCGGUGCUGGUGGUGGUGGGACAGCAACAAAUAAUAACAACGAUGACUUUGACUUUGAUCAGGACGAUGGCCUGCAGGACUUGGGCUUGCCCGUGUCCGUGCAAACGUUCCUGUGGCGUCAAAUAGCCCCCUUUAUACGGCCCAAGCUGGGCAAAUUGCACGAAUCUACGUGUCUGUUUUGUCAACAUGCACCAGGACACCAUGAAUCUAAAGAGGCUUGUAAGUCAUUCGAAAAGGUCCUCGUACAGAACAUACAAUUUGGCCUCUCACCGCCGCUUACCAAGGCUUUGGGUGCCAUUCCGCGUUGGCGUCUUCUUCAGGGAGCUCUGCCACAUGUCAUGCAUGCCUGUGCCGCAUUGCUUCACAAUCGGGUAAAGGAUAUGCAGGCGAUCGGACCGGUGGAGACCAAAUUACUGUAUACCAUGCAAUGGAUUCUCCUUUAUGCGGCCGAAGAAUGCGCCGAUGAUGAGAGUGGUGAGGAUUUGGGUCUUGGCGAUGCUCUUCCUGAGCCCAAAAGCAAGCCCAUAGAUCAGUAUUUGUUUUCGGUGCCAACUAUUACGCUAUUUGUGUAUCUUUUUGCUCCCAUUAUACACCAUUUGAAGGAGUCGGAUUUUCAGAAUUUUCGACUUGAGAAUGGCAUUAAAUUGUGGCAGGGCAUGUGGGAUAAUCGUGCACCAGGCGCACCGUGUUUUACGGCACCGGUGAAGCCCAAGGCACGGAAUUUGCUGUGUGCACCAACGCCCAAGGGUUCGACUGAUGUCUUUCCUGCUCGCAAACAGAGCGGAGGUGAUGCCAUGUCACCCAAGGCUGACUCCCCGUCGCCACAGAGCGGAUUUUCUGAAUACGGUAGACAAGGAGAUGAGGAGGGCUCUUGGGUCUCUUCUCCCAAAGAAUUUGCUUUUCCUGAGACCAUACCAGAGGAAGCUUCCAGCGUCGAGGAUGAACGUGUUGUCAUUUUUCGAUUGCCAUCCGCUCCUCAAUUAAUGGAUAAUUCAUUCUUCACAGCUGAUGCUAGCCUCUUACAGCAGCAGCAAUCCCAAAGUCGUCGUGGCAGUCGUCAAUCGAUGAACUCCAGGGAUAAAGAAAAGGUUCCGUCGACCAAAUUUGAAUUCGAUCAGCAGGAACUAGUGCGUGGAGCGUCCAUGAAAGAGAAACGUAGUGCCUCCAUAGAGAAAGAAUCCGAUUCGGAUAAAUCGGAGAGUGUCAGUGUCAAGGCAGAUGUGUCAGCGGCCACGUUUUUGGAUGUAUCCGUUUUACGCUGCCUCUUCAUCUCACAUUGGCAAGAGGAGGGCAUAUUCUGGAGUCUCCAAUAUCUAUACAAUCGACUCAGCGACAUAGGCGAGGAAGCGGCCAUCACAUUGAAUCAGCCGCGCAAACGUUCCAACUCCCUGCCUAUACCACAAAUAGAAAUUUCCCUUUAUCAGGGACCCGGAAGCAAUAGCCGAGAUAGUCCUGGUAGUUCUGUGGUCAAGGACUAUAUCGAAAUACCAGAACCAGCUCCAGUUACCAGUGUAGUUGAGGAGGCACAGACUCAAACGCCACCCACUUCGACGGAACGUCGUGGCAGCGAGAAAAAGAAACGCGUCAAAAUGGCCGAUCUGCGUGCAUUUGUGGAAACGAAGAUGUUCUCAAAAUCGGAAAAGAAUUUGGAAAAAGUAGGCCUCGAUACUAGCUCAGCCAAUGGCAAGAUUCAACUGCAGCAUGCAGAAUACCAUCGCAGUCUGGAUACGGGCGAGAAGAAGCUAUCACGUUCUGCAUCUAUGAUUACACGGGAACCAGCCAGCAAUCUUAUCAAAGGCAAAUCCAUGCCUAGUCUCAGCUGUCUGCUCGAUAGCGGAUUUUACAGAUAUAUCGAACCAUCGUCGAAGACUCCCAAACAACCACAAGCUGGCAUGGGACCACGAUCCUCGACAGCCUUCUAUCCACGCAAUCCGAUCAUCACAGUCACCGAGCACACGCCAACGCCUUCGCCGGAUUAUAUGAAGAGACAAGGUUCCAUUGAUUCCCAGUUGGAUGCACUAAGCAAUGGCGGCAGCAUUGCUGGCCUCACCGGAAAUGGAGGUUGUGGCAAUGGCAGUGCUGGCGGUGGCAGCACUUCGACUCGAUAUCGCGGUCAAAUGUUACGCUCUCACACAGACUCGCAUAUUGAUUACACGGGCGUAGAUGAAUCCGAGGCUCCGGGUUCAUCGUUCUAUAUCACCCGUGAUGGUGGCAUCGACUAUGAGAUUAUCCUGUUGGCCAUUAGUAAUGUGUUUAAGCGUGAUCCCGCUUUGGUCUGCUCACUGCGUGUCCUGGAGGCUGGUCUCAAUAUCUGUGAGCUGCUAAUUGAAAUGGGCGUUUUGAAGUUGGGUGAACAUGCCCAUGAGAUAUCCAUGAGCAUCAUACGACGAGCUCUUCAAGUUCUGGGUUGUCCGCAUGGCUGUAAUGAUGGUGUUCGUGGUCCUCCAGCUGACUUUUUGCGUAAUCAAUGCCAGAAGAUACUUUCACGUAUGCUGCGACAAGCUGGACAGCGAACCAAACGUUUUAUGCAGGAAAUGGUGAAGGCAUCUCCAUUGCCAGAACUCAUUGAUUUCUUUCAUGCCUUUCUGGCCUUCUGUGUGGAUCCCAGCUCAUUGUUGUCGCCCUUGACUCAUAAACGUCAGAGUGGAUAUAAAAAUGUUAACAACGAUCUUGGCGGCGUACCAGGUCAAGGUGGCUAUUCGACCAAUUUUAGCGGAGGCAGCAGCGGCGGAGCCGAAGGACAAAUUGUUGGCGCUGUCUUCAAGCCGUUGGUUAGUCGUUUUGUCGAGGCAAGCAAGGAUCUCAAAUCACCCGAAAAUAUUGCCCUCUAUGGAGAUAUACGACAAUUGGUCACAUAUGUGAAGGGAGCCCAUGGUGGUCCAUUCCGUUUGGUCGCUCUCAGUGGUAUUUUGGCAGUUACUCCGCGACCCCACAAGAAAGGUCCCACAGCCCAGACAACGCGAGUGAUAAGACAUAUACCCCAGGCGAAUGUAUCACAGAAUCUACAGAAUGAUGACAAUCGAUCGCAGAGACGACUUCUUCUGAAGAAACGCAGCACUUCAUCCGCCUGCGCUGUAAGCCUACUGGAAACCGAGACGUGUGAGGAGCACUACAAGACAAGUCAGUCGCCGUUGAGCAAUUUCCGACGAAGAACGACCGGCGUUAGACCCACUUUGACACCGCGGCAUAGUGAACGGGCCCUGCUCUCCGAUUCCACUUCCAGCUCUGAACGCAAUUCGCUGGGACGGCUCAGCGGCUUGGUGCGCUGGUUUCGCGGUACUCCCAAGGAGGCGUCGUCCAUUGACCUGGAGAUAGGCUCGCUUAAUCCCGAGAUAUCCUCCACAUUCAUGAGGCACGCCUCGCUAAAAAUACAGCGCGGUCGCUCAAGCGAUGGCAUCGGGCGUUCCAUACAGCGCGCCAAGCGCCGUGUUGAACGGCGGCUAAACCGUUUCGGAGGCAUUGUAAAGGGCAAAAAGAAAGUGGGCGGCAUCGAAGAGACAGCGGACUUUAGUCGUCGCAGCUCCUCGGACAUGUGCGAUGGCCCACGCGAGUCUGAGGUGGUCAUACUCAAGGAGCGUAAACUGAUCCCCACAGAACCAGUCCGUGUGGGCAUGCUCAGGUUGUCCUUUCUACUUGAGACAUGUGCCCCUGGCUCAUUUCCAGAUCCUCAGUUAGUUGCUGCCGUCUUGGACUUGCCACAAGCUCCGUUGGUCAGUAGGGCCACCUUCCUGCUGGAGUGUGCCCAUUUUGUGCAUCUGUGCAACAAGGGCCAGUGGCCCACUUGGAUGAAACAGAACGUGGGCAGUUACCGGGCAUCGGGUGCCAAUAUAAAUAUCAAUCAGAUGAAGCAUCAGGUCAGUCAGAGCAGCGCCAGACGCACUCACAUUCUGCAACGAGCCGCUGGCAAAAUGUUUCAUCAAUGGGCGGAAAUGGUGGGUGCUCGUCUCGAAGAGAUUCUAUUCACCGAACGUCUGCAGUACGAGGCCAUCAAUGCCAGCCUCACGGAUCCGGAGAAACAACGUGAAUUGUUGCAGCAAGAUGAAGAAGAAGACUUCCUUGAUGAAUCCUCGGUGAAUCCACAUGGCAACGAUUGUCCACAUGCCCUGAAACUUGUAGCAUGUGUUUUGCUCUUCGAGAUUACGGCUUUUCUGCGAGACACAUACAUUAUGUUGCCAAAGACCUCGAAGCUAAUGCACAGGGAUAAACCAGCACCGUGGGAGAAGGUAUAUCGUGAGGCAAAUCGUCGGUGGUCCAUGGCCCUAAGUUCCAUGGGUCAUUCACAGACCUCGGCCCAGAGUCUGCAGUCGAUAGCAGCUGGCAAUGAUGGCGUUGGGCAAACGGAACGUAAGAUUUCCUUUGUCCUACACGAACCGGACAACGAGUCGGAGAAUAGUAGCAACACCACCCUAACCAAAGAGGGGGAAGAGGCUCGUCGUCCAACUGCUUCGGCCGUACGUCCGUUUCUCCUGAGACGUGGCACAGCCACAACCACGGGCGGAUCCUUCAAGCGACGUUCCCUUAAACUGCGACGCAAUACAAAAGACAGUAAAGAAAUUGAAACGGAUUUUAAUAUGCAAUCCCGACGUAAGGUCUCUUCACUCUCCGAUCGCAGUGACACAUCCGAACAGGGCAUGAUUAGUGGCGGAGAGGAAUCGCCGGGCAUUCUAAGCGAUGAUCAGCAACCCGAAUCGCCCACCGACUCCAAUGAGAACGAUGAUACGGCCAAGAAUAUGCCCUGGCUGAAAGCAAUUAUCGAUCUAAUGUCCAGUUACAAUUAUUAUUGCACUCACAAGGGUUACUGCCAUCCGUAUUGCUAUAAGCGUCACAUGCGUUCCUGUACGCGUCUGAUCAAGGCUACGAGAAAGGUUUACGGCGAGGAAUUUGGCUUCACCUUCGAUGCAGAUCAUCCAACGGUGGAACCUUUGGUGAUUAGUUCUAGCAAAACACAUUCAUCUAGACCUCGUUCGACGCGAAAAGUGUCAGAGCAGAGCUCAACGCAAACUUCGCCAUCAAAACGCAAAGACAGUUUGUCUCGCAAAGAUCGCAUAAGCGACGAUCCUGAUUUGGAGAUGGCUGAAAAACUUGCCAAAGCCUUUCGCCAGGAGAAGGAGAAGAAGCUGCAAGAGGAGCCACCCAUACUGAAGUUCAUACGUGUUCACAUCAGAAACUUAUUCCACUUUCCAUUGGCAACCAUGCUAAAAGGUGCCGUCAUCCUGACCGAAGAGAUGGUCAUUGAGGCAAUGCCAGCAGCUUGGGAACUGCUCUUGGAAACCAAUCAUGAUUUGUCGACAACGAGUGCCGCAGUCUUUCUAAUGGGCUCGGUGAAGGCUCAGAACUUUGCCUUUGAUAUUAUGCAACGAGCAUUGAAGCAUAAAGAUCCGGAUAUAAGGAUUGGUGCCAUUCAACGGUAUUUGGUAUUGUGGAAAUGCCGUUUUCAUGUCUGGCCACGCAUGGAGGAGAAUGCUCAUGAUGUGACCUUUAAAGUGCCACCGGGUGGCAUUGAAUUCACGCUGCCUUCGCCUAAAAUUGGCAUUGAAAGUCUUCCCGUGGUCGAUCCGCCUUGGAUGCCAGUCCAACAGACUAAAGAUAUGGAUGUGACCCUAAAUCAGGAUAGACAUCGUUCUCUCGUGACGGCCACAAAGAGUCGAAAGAUGCAGCAAACCGAAGCCAUACGAAAUGCUUUGCGUCAGCAGCGGGACAAACAACGGGCCGAGCGUCAUAGUUUCUUGAUCACCAUGAUACCCAUCAGUCAGCAGGCGUCUCACGAACCCGGCAUGGAGCAUGAGGAUCAUGAAAUCGAAGAGGAUAUCGAUGGUACACGCAUGUCAUCGCAUCUCCAUCAUGCCCAUUCGCUGUUUCCCUCCGUUCUGUGCUCGUCGGUGAUGCAGAUUGUUGGCUGUCUGGAUGAUGCCGCCAUUGGAUCGGACGGAAAUGCUGUCUAUGAGAUAGCCUACCAGGUGAUCUGGGUGUGCCUGGUCGAGGAAUCGGCUCUGUUUCUGCGUUAUGUGUUUGAGCGUUUGACUCGCGAUCGCCAGGAUCAGAUGUUCAAGCUGUUGCGUCAUCUAAUUAGAUUUGUUCCACGACUGCCACAGCAGGCGGCCUUUGCCUUGUACAACUCCAUUAUUGGUUACAUAAUGUUCUAUGUGCGCUCUUCCAAUGAACUCAAACAGGAGCUUGUGGGUUCAGCCUUAUCUGUGCUCUGGAUGGUAGUUCAUUCGGUUCAUGGCAUUAUGUUUAAGGAUCUGAAACAGAUUCUGCGCAAAGAACAAUGCGAUGCCUCCAUAUUGCUAACAGCCAAUGUGCCUGCGGCCAAGAAAAUUGUCGUUCACGGACCUGCCGAUGAUGACUACAACAUUCCGUCACAGUUUCCUGUGCAGGAGGAUACUCUAUUCUGUCAAUUAUUGAAAGAGGCUCUGGACUACUAUCCCAUUGAUGAGAAGAAUACCAGUCACUAUUGCCUGGUCGACUACAAGAGCAACAAAAUCCUCAAUCCCAAUUGGUAUAUACGAGAUUUGUAUUUCUUCAAGCGUUCCCAGUAUCCAGAAGUGCGACUUAUGCUUAUGCGUCCAGACGAAUCAUUUUUGGCUCUGCAGAAACAGGAGUUGACCAAGAAAUUUGUGGAAAUCGGCAAAGUGCAUUUGACAUGGGCAAUUCUGAAAAAUGUCGAUAUGGUGGUACAGCGCGUUGUCUUCCUGCACGAGGAGCUUAUGAAGCUGCCCUCGUUUCCCCGCAAAGCCCUCGAGGUCGAUUUAGAUUUGCAUCAUGGCGGUGAAUACGGCAAAGUUUUACUUGGUCUCGAUGUCCUCCAUAAGUUCAUGUGGGUGCGAUUGAUUGCCCGUAUGUUUGAGGCCAUGGCUGGCAAUUUUGCCUACUCCGCGGAUAUCCAACUCUUCCUGAAUGUCCUCUCGGGUGCCUCCAUAUUGCAUGCCGAGGAUUCGUGCAUAAUGCGCUAUGUGAUGGCCACUUUCAUCAAUGCGGCCUUCAAUUUCAAGAAUAUAUUCUCCACCAAUGGCUAUUUCAUGAUCAUGCCCACACUGCUGCAGGUCUAUUCACUGCAUCAGACAAACAAGUUGAUUACCACGACAAUCGAGUAUGCUGUGAAACAGUUCUAUCUUCUGAACCGGAAACCAUUUAUAUUGCAAAUGUUUGGCUCAGUCUCGGCAAUUUUGGAUACAGAUGAGGAUGGCACCUACGGAGAGGCCCACAAAGUGCAAUCAAGUUGUCUAUUCAAUUUAUUGCUUAGUCUGGAGGAUCCAUCACCAGAUCCUCUGAAUAUUGCCGAACUGGUCAAAGAGCCAAAGCCACUGAAGGCCAUCGAUUUCUGUUACCAUGACGAAGAUGAUGAUGUUACGGUUCUCGAUUGCAUAACGCUCUGUGUCAUGGUUGUUUCCUAUUCGGCCGAGAGCACACGUGGCUACCAGAUGUUGAUAAUUCUGGAGGCCAUUCUGCCCUGCUAUUUGCAGCAGAUUCAAUCACCCAGUUAUAUACCCCUGCAAGGUAAAUCCGAGAGAGAUAUUAUACUUCAAUUGGCAGUUGCUAUACGCACCAUGGUCCAUAAUUGUGAAGGAUUGGCCAAGAGCUACAAUGGACCCUAUCGAAAUAGUCCUGAGCACAAAGGUUCGUCGCAGCGCAAUUGCAGUCGGGGCCCACCUUGCUCGCCUGGUUUGGAUUUCGAAGAGGAAUCCCAUCCGAAAUAUAUGACAGAUGCUCGCACAAAGAACAUGAUGGACUCGGCUGAGGAUUCGGAAAUGAUACGCACCGAAUAUCGACGACCAAGGGAUGUUCUUUUGUCCGUUGUGGCAGAUUUCUUAACCAAAUCGACGGCCCGCCUUGCGGAAUUGGCCAAAAAAUUGCCCAGUGAUACCAAGCCGACGGAAGUUCUGGAUGCCAAGUGUCACAUACGGCUGGCUGACAUCGCCCAUUCUCUAUUGAAGGUAUCACCAUAUGAUCCCGAGUCUAUGGCCUGCCGGGGACUGCAGCGCUACAUGCAGGCAGUUUUACCUCGUGCCGAAUGGUCAAACGAUACUCUCCGUAAUGCCUUGGUCACCAUUUUGCGAAGGAUCGACAAGGUAUUCCUCAAGAUAUCAAAGAAACCAUCCAUACGCCGCAACACAGACUGGGAAGCGGCUUCCGGGCUCCUAAAGGGCAUUCAUGAGACCAUAAUUAGGCAUUCUUAUGUGCUCCACUGGCAGCAGAUGAAAACUCUAAUCAGUACGGUGCAAAAUUUGAUUGUCAAUGAACCUGGCACCGGUAUACCCGAGGGUGUCUCCAGUGCGGGGGCUGCGCUCAUGUCUCAGAAUCCGCCGGCCUUUUUCUGCUCCGCUGUGGUGCGAUUGGUGGCACUGCAAGUGGUCAGUCCGGUGGACUGCUUUUCGCUGGUCCAGAUCUGCGGUGGCAGUGCCGAAUUCGCUACGCAGGAAAAGGCCGAAGGAUUUCUAAUGCAUUUGAUUAUGCCACUGUGUCUGAAGGUAUGCUCGGGUCGCGGAGUAUCUGAUGUGGGUGAUCUAAAGAUGACCGAUGUUAGUUUCUUGCUCACCUCGGUGCUAAACGCCAUGAGUCCGCCGGCCGGUCGCACCGGGCAGGCUGUAUCACAGAUUAAUCGAGUCACUGGAGAUCUGCGUGCGGGAUCUCUCACCUUUACAGGCAGCCGUGAUGCCAAACGUCCGGCUCGCAUAUCCGGAUCCCUUUACCAGGCUGCCUUUUUAGCUCUGCGCAUCGUCUGCAUUUGCUUCGAGAAUCGUCUAUCCACAGAAUGGCCACGGAUUGUGCGUGUCAUGAGAGAUCUGGGUAGACGCAAUGAAGCUGCCCCAGAUCUAUGGAGCUUCAUGGAGUUUGUCGUCACCCAUCGCACGCCUUUAUAUAUAGUGCUUUUGCCGUUUAUAUUGCAUAAGAUUUCCCAACCGCCCAUCGGUGAUCACGAGAGACAUAUGCAGUUCAUUAUUCGAGAGCGUCUACGCGGAACUCCUCCGCAAGGGGGCAUCAAGUCUAAGGGGGCUCUGCUGUUGGAAUUGGCCCGUGAAUUGCGAGAUCUUCGUGACGAGUUGGAGGAGAAGCGUUAUGUUUCCACAGAUCGCGAAAGCUCGGAGCAAAAGAAAAGUGACACUCCAGCGGCCACCAGUGUGGCAGAUCCUCACAAAUCCCAGCAGAGGCCAUCGCUAAUCUCGAUAUUUACCGGAACCACAACCGGACAGGCCACUCAUUCUCAUGUUUCGGCUGCUCCCAUCGAUUCCCGCAGUGGUUCAGGCGGCAUAUGCACGCCCAGUGAUACCCUCUCCCAGCAGACAUUGCAUCCUCCACGUGAAUCUCUGUCCAGCAGUUCCACUGGACGCGAUCAUCAUACCACGACGAGUGAAAGUCACAGUGGCGAGGGGCCAGAGGCCGGAUCGGCACCCACUCUAGUUGGGGCCACACCCUGUGGAUCGGGUCAGGGAACCUCUGCAGCUGGAUCAGCUGUACUGCCCGCCCAACUCUCUCAUUCGCAGUCGUUGCAACAGGCUCCAUUCAAAGCGCAGCCGCCCAAACUACGUUUUGUGUCAUCCGUGGAAUUCCGACACUCUUCCGGCGAAACCUCCACAACACCCCUCUCCCCUGAGAGUCCCGCAGAGGAUAGCUCUGGAGGAGAUCAUACACGCUCACGUCUGCAGCGUUCCAAGGCGGCCAGCCGUAAAACCUUCCGUCUAAAACGCAGUCGACUCACACCUAUGGAACCGCCAAGCAUUGUAACUUCGCUUUCACAGGAGGAACCUGCGGCACAGGCGGCGCAACCCAAGGCAAUCGGUGAAAUAUCCUGGGAUUCCGUCUCACAAACUUCAUCCACUUCGGGAUACCGCGACAACAACAGCCUACAGACAGGACUACUCUCACCAGACGGAUCCUUGGGCGGCCUCACAUUGGGUCGUUCGCCCUCACAACACUCACUUUUGAUGGUGUUCGAGGGGCAGGACGAAGACACGCUUAUUUAACAAUCACAGAACGGCGACCGAGCCUACGAAUUGUAAAUGCCCAAAGCAAAGAAUCCUUUAGCUUGGGCAUGCAUCAAGUGUUAUGGAAUAGUUGAGAAUGUUAAGUUUUAUAGUGAAAAUUCGCAUUUUGUAUUGGCAUUUGGAUAUAGUAAGGGUAGUAGUAGUUAUUCGUAUUGUAGGAAACUAAUAAAUUAACUUGGUAGCCGUUCGAA